ACGACGUAUUUACAUGGAACGCCGUUUCGAAUGCUGAUCUCUGCUCUGCAUCCAGGCACUUUGGCAUCUGUAUACAAUACCUAUAUUUAUCAUCGACUACCAAUACUUUUUUGCGAUAAUGGAUAUUCAAGAUCUCGAGUUGAGCGGAAUAAUCGCUUUUGACGGUCUAACCAAAAAUGGGCUGCAACUACACCCGGACCAGGAGCACUUCGUCUACCCCAUGGGAAACAAGGUCACGAUCAAGCACAUCGAGACGGGAAUCCAGCAAUUUUUAUCUGGACACACGAAUUUGAUAUCUACGAUGUGCAUAUCUUCUUGCGGAAAGUUUAUUGCUUCUGGACAGAUCAAUCACCUAGGCUUCAAGGCUAUGGUGAUCAUAUGGGACUAUCGGGAGAAGAAGAUAAAGGCGAGUCACGAGAUACACAAGGUGCGAGUGGAGGACCUCUGUUUCUCUUGCGAGAGCAACUACCUGAUAAGCCUUGGUGGAAGGGACGAUGGCAACGUUGUCAUCUGGGACGUAAACAAGAACGACGCUCUAUGCGGUUCGUUCGCCAGCACGGAAAUAGCAGGUAACGCAUACACGAUACGCCGGACGAAUUUGCGGGACCAGUGCUUUGUGACGGGUGGCGACCGGACGCUGAAAGUCUGGCGCAUAAACCAGGAAACGCGCAAAGUCUACGGGGUCGACGUGAAAGUCGGAAAGCUGAGGAGAUGCAUCAACUGCAUCGUGAUCGACGAGAGGGACGAGCUGGCCUACUGCGGCACCUCUUCCGGUGACAUCAUCAAGGCUAGGUUGAACUAUUAUCACAACAUGGAACAUAUGGAGCCGGUGCAGCCACCGGUGAUGGUGGGAUGUUAUUCAAAAAUAUCAAAAGACGCGAAGAAUCGAAAGAUCGGAAUCGGGGAUUUGUAUUCUGGCGGCGUGAGCAAUCUGUUGAUCUUCAAACAAGACAAAAUUAUCGUGGGGACUGGCGAUGGAAGCAUCGAACUCGCAACCAUCGUCGAGCUCAAUGUUAAACAAGACAAGAAGAUCAAGUCACCGAGUACGCCGCAAAUAAAAACGCUACUAUCCGGGAACGUUCGCAGCGCGGUGACAUCAAUGAUCCUCUGGAAGAAUGAAUUCGUGAUAGUUGGCACGGCUCUAAGCGAGAUCUAUCAGGUCAAGCUGUCCGACUUCGACAUGCGUCUUCUCGUCACGUGCCACACUUCCACUAUUUACGACGUCGCCUUCCCGCACGACUAUUCGGAAAUAUUUGCGACUGGCAGUAAAAACGACAUCAGACUCUGGCGAUUGGAGACGCAAAAAGAGCUUUUGAGAAUAACAGUUCCGAAUAUCGUCUGCACAAGCCUUUACUUUUCCUACGACGGAAGAAUGCUGGUGUCUGCGUGGAACGACGGUAUCAUCCGAGCCUUUACCCCACAAACCGGCCGAUUAAUUUUUGCGAUUCUUCAUGCGCACGUUAAAGCCGUUUCUGCUAUAACACUGACUAAAGACGGCAAGCGAAUAAUCAGCGGCGGCUGCGACGGUCAGGUCAGGGUAUGGGAGGUGCUAGCAGCAGUACAAAGACUAGUCUGUAUUUUGAAAGAACAUAGGGGAUCCGUGACUUCGUUGAAUAUCAAUCACGACAGUACGGAGGUGAUAAGUUCGAGCACCGAUGGGACUUGCAUCGUUUGGGACAUCGAUCGGGGUGUAAGAAAGCAAGUGUUGAUGGGCACUACGAUGUACAUGGCCGCCUGCUUCAGUCCUAACGGAGUGCAAAUUUUGACCUGCGGCACGGAUCGGAAAAUAACGUAUUGGGAAACGUUGGACGGCUCUAUGGUGCGCGAGGUCGAAGGCUCGGGAUCCGGAGCUCUCAACAGCAUCAACAUCAGUCCAGAUGGUCAGUACUUCGUCACCGGAGGCAACGACAGCAUUGUCAAGCUCUGGUCGUACGAGACGGGAGAGACGACGCACGCUGGGAUGGGACACGCUGCGAUCAUAACGGCUUGCAAGAUCAGCCCGGAUGGCAAGCACAUCGUCACUGUCAGCGGCGACGGAGCUAUCAUGAUAUGGAAGUGUCCUUUCGAAAUGAAAAGCGCCAGGAGCACUGGCAAACGUACUGCUGCGAGCGUCACCUCCAGAUCUACUUGCAGCUUGCGAGAGGAAGAGUUGAAGAAGCGCCUGAGUCUUGAUUUGGGUGACGAAAACGUGGCAGAUUUUAGCCCGAGAUCGGAGGCUUUAGAAAGCGUGAAAGCUGUGUACAAAGGUAGUACAGAAACACCACCCUGCAAGUGUGACCCAACCCAACCAAUACCAAACAGCUGUAAGUGCAAGGAAGGCGAUGUCAAAUCGCCAAUUAUUGAAACAACAAGAUCUUCCAAAUCAAGCAAGUCUGAAAAAUCAAGAAAAAGUGAGCCAAGUGUCAGAAGUUGCAAGUCUAAUGAAAGCAGUGUUAAAAAUUGCAGCAUAGAACGAAAGUCACUAGUAUAACGUGUGAAAUAAUACUUGGAAACUUUUUGAAAUCAUCAAUAAAGUAUCAAUCUAGUCAAGCUGAUCUCUCAUAUAGGUUACUGCGUUUUGUAAGUUUAUAAAAAUGCAUUUUGUAUGUACAUGUAUUACUUUAAUCAUUAUAUUUUCUCUAAAAUAUAAAAAACUUUGUAUCUUGUA